AUGAGCAAAGCAAUUGAGAGGUUCUCAAAAGCUCUAAACCUUGAAAGAUCAGCCAUGGAAUUUUAUGAAAUUUUCAGUUUUGUAGGAAUUCUGAGGGAAUCCAUCAAACUCCUACCUAAAAAUGGGAAGCUCAUGGUCUUCAUAACCACACUCGCUCUCCUCCUCUACACGCUUUUCUUCUUCUUGAACAUCUCCUCUAUCAAACCCUUGAUCUUUGAUUUGGUUGAGAUAACCACCCGUGGCGGUGGCGCGAAUCCGGUCACAAUGAUGGCUCAUAUCAAAGAGGAUCUCGGAAUCCUCCUCGUAGUCGAAUCUAUUUUCCUUUUUGCUUCCUUAGUUCUCUCAUUAUUCGCAACAACCGCAGUCAUUUUCAUCUCAGCCUUAUCUUACUGCAACAAGACCUUAUCAAUCAAGGACUUGGUCUUGAAGGUGUCAAAAUCAUGGACAAGGCCAUUUAUUACUGGAUUAUACACUAUCCUUCUUGGAAUGGGAUACCUUUCAGUUUUGAUGUGCACAAUGUUUAUGAUAUCGAUGUUUUCUAAUAAUCCUAUCGCCUCUAAAGCAAUUGUAAUCGUCUUUGGAAUUUUGGGUUCAAUUCUCUCUCUCCCCUUAACCACGAUUAUCAUAUUAGCCUUAGUAAUUUCGGUGAUCGAAGAGAACUGUUAUGGGAUUGAGGCACUAGGAAAAGCUGGAAAGCUUGUUAACGGCCAGAGGGUGCAGUGUUUUAUUCUGAAUUUUCUCUUUCUGGCGUUUUCAUGGAUUUUAUAUCUGUGUUUAAGUAUGGGGGAAAAUGAGCAACUACUCUCAACCCAAAUGAUACUGGUCGGGUUGUUUCGAAUGCAUUCCCUUCAUCUGGUGUACAUGUUAGAGUUCAUAGCAUUCACUGUGCUAUACUUCCACUGUAAGAAGAGCCAUGGUGAAGAGAUUGAAAUGCAGUGGUGCACUGAGUACAGUAAGAUAUCUGCUGUACCACUUGAUAAUGAUACGCCCUGAAGAACAAAGAAUGAUGUCUUCGUAAGUGGGAUAAGAUUGCUUGGACUCUCUUCAACUUUUCGGAUGGCGGGUGUCUUAUAUACUGCACUGUUUGCGUUUUUAAUUUUCU